GCGCGGUUUCGGUUGAUUGAUCACGUGUUGCGCGCGCGUUUCCUUGAUUCUUUUUUUUUGCUUCCUCGCGCCUGUUAUUUCAUCGUUGGCGGUUAAUAUCUCUCCUCGUCGCGCUUUUUUCAUCGCUUGGUGGAGGAAUUGGAAUUGGUAUUGGCACGGUGAGGCAAUCCGUUUUUUUUGGCGCCGUUUGCGAAUUGCGGAGGUCAAGCUUUUUGUCGUAGCGCGGGGUUUGUCGCCAGCGGUUGGUCGUGCGACUCGUGCGAGGCUGCGAGCGAGAGAUCUUCUCCCUGCUUUGUCUGCGAAAGGACGCAAGUGAGCGAGAAUCUCAAGUAGCUUCGCGAAGCUUCUCUGUCGCAUCGUUCGUUCUCUCGCCGCCAUCGCCGUCUCGCGCGUUUGCUUGUUGGCCUGAGUGUGUAGACCCGAUCCCGACAUCGGGCGCGAUGCUUCGACACGUGGCAACGAAAUGUGCGGCGGCCGUCGCCGCGAGCGGCGGCUCGUCACGGCACGCCGAUCGCGCGCUGGCAGUAGGCCUAACCUCGCGCGGGUAUCAUAAGAAUGUCGUUGAUCACUAUAAUCAUCCAAGGAACGUGGGGUCUUUCGAUAAGAACGAUCCUGAUGUCGGAACGGGCCUGGUUGGCGCCCCAGCUUGUGGCGACGUUAUGAAGCUGCAGAUCAAAGUAGAUGAAAGCGGAAAGAUAGUCGACUCCUGCUUUAAGACCUUCGGAUGUGGAUCUGCCAUCGCGUCUUCUUCAGUAGCGACGGAAUGGAUCAAGGGAAAGCAGGUGGAUGAGGUCGUGCAAAUCAAGAACAGUGACAUUGCAAAACACCUAUCUCUACCACCUGUGAAGCUGCAUUGCAGCAUGCUGGCAGAGGAUGCAAUUAAGGCAGCUGUGAAUGACCUGAAGUCCAAGAGGACAAAGCCGAAAGGUGACGAGUCCAUGGAGGCUACGGCGUAAAUUGGGGUCUGACAAAGCGUGUAUCUUAGAAGAUGGUACGUUUUAGGACUUGGAAGACCUAGCGUAGAAUGUUAUUACAAUAGUAUCUGCAGACUUCAUCGAGGGGUUCUCGACUUACGUCUCCUCCUAGUGUCUGUAUCUGAUCUGUCAGCUUUCUUGCAGUGCGGAGGAGAAAAUGAAUGUGGUGAAGAGAAUUCCUGAGAAGGUCGACAUGCCUAGCGGCAGGACAUCGGUUUGCGCUGAAAUGACUCCUUGGGUGCUGAGACGACUUCGGAAAUGAAUUCCGCUGGCAGCGGUGGAUUGAUUUGGAUGCUCGAGCAGCGGAAAGAAGUCCUUCGUGGCCGCAGAUAGAUCCAGCCCGGGGGGUGGUCCCCCUUCUUCUCAAAUAGCAGUCUGGUCCUUGGGUGAAGUGUGUUUUUCUUCUUUGUUUUCGUUUUCCGUUUGUUUUUUUGUUCUUUUUUGUUUUGUUUUGUUUUGUGUGCUCUGUCCUGUCGACAUCCUACCUCAAGAUGGUUCAUUGUAACAUUUGUCUGAUGCUUUGGGUGUGCAAGAGGGUGCAGCGAGUAGAACGAGGGUCAUCAUGGUGAUGAACAAUAUGCGGGGUAAGAAACUUCACAGGGAAGAUUCUGCUCAAUCUUGUGUAUGAUGUUGGCGUGAAUCUUCUGUCCUAGUGGACAUCUUUCUAUAAUCUGGGCCUAAUUUGUUGAAGGUGCACCGAAGUUUGUGUUGACUUCUGUGCAACUCCUUGGUGUAGAUUUCUCUCUUUGGUGUAGAUUUCUCUCUCUCUCUCUCUCCCUCCCUCCCUUUUGUUUUAGUAGGCAGGAAUCUGGUUGAGAACUUUGUAAGUAAUCCGUUUGUGCACAGUCAGAAGUGCACUGGUGCUUUUUUCAUCUCUUCCCUGCUCCUAUUCGUUGAAGCCUAAGUUUGUGUUGACUUCAGUACUCAACUUCUCCUUCUCUCUCUCUCUCUCUCUCUCUCUCUCUCUCUCCCCCCCAACCAACCAAUCUUUUAUUAGCCAGAAUUCUGUUAAAGAACUUCGGAAGUGUGCAGCAGUUAAAAAGUGUACCCCCCGCAGAUGUCUGUCACUUAGUGUGUGCCACUUGACCAAUGCAUGGUUCAAUUUAGCAUUGCCCAUCAGAACGACUCCCCUUUCCCGCUGUCAAUUCCUUGUUGUAACGCUCAAAAUUGAAAAUUUCUCUAUCUAUCGAAAAGAAGAUCCGAAUAUGUAAUGGAGUAGCUCAAGUGUGGCCGUGGAAUUCCCAUUUGAUUUGCAUUCAUUACCACUAAGCAGUGGUGCUAGGUGGAUUUCUCUGUUUUCAACUCGAUUCGAUGAGAAGGAUGUUGUCUUAGGAAAUUUGCGUGUACUGAAUGUAUUGAAACUUGAGAGCGGUAAUUCCAACAAAUUUGCCUUUUUGGC